UGGCCACGUGUAGUAAGUUAAAAUUUAGACUAAUGAAAUUAAGUAGAGGCUUGCUAAACACAUUAGCCAUUUCUGAAUUCACUUGUGUUUUAAAAAUGAAUUAAUUCUCCUAAAAUGCUCAUUUCACUCAGCAGACUAAUAAUGCAGAAGCACCGAAAUUCAUUAGAGACUACAGGUUUGGGGGGACGUAACUCGCACCUGUAAAAAGUACAUUCAUUUAUUUGCGCAACCUAAACUUCAGGGUUCAUUUAACAGUUUUAGGUUCAGUUUUCAUUCUUCUGUGAUCUCUCUGCAUGCACUUAUGAGCGUUGUCUCAAAGAUAAGAUAAACGGUUUGAUAUAAUGACAGACAGAGAUGGGGGGGAAAAAGUCCAAACCGCUCUGCUGCUUUCCCCCUCCUCUGUUGUCUUUCACACAUAUGACAGAAAACUAGAAAACAGCCUCCACACUCCUCUUUCCAUCAAUUAUAUCCUGUUAUUUUUGUCCCUCCUUAACCCACUCGCCCCGUUCUCCAGUAUUACCUGAUCACGCGUAGCUUUUAGGUAUGCAAUAUUGAUUUAAAAAUGAACAUUUCAUGCAACAAAGCUGGCAUUUUAAGUCCUAAAUCCCUCCUACUCUCUGUUCCUGAAUAUAAAAAUGUGUACAAAGUAGACUUUUAAUGACAAAAGCUAAAAAAGAAGGGCAGUGAGAGUGAAAAAUCUACAUUUCUCUGGUCCACAAAUCCAUCUUCUCUCGCCAUAUUGUCUUACACCUUUUGUUCUUUCACCCACAUUAUGCUAAUGGUGAGGUUUGUGUAGGUGAUUUCUGCAGGUACGUUCAUACUGUACUCACCACUGAAUUAACAUCACCCUCAUCAGCCAGACUGCCAAACCUUUAACCUAUGUGGGGGCCGUCCUGAUUCACGGUCUCUCAAAGUUUAAUGCCUCUGACCGAAAUAUGACGUACAGAGACAGAGUGGGUGGACCUGUAGUAGACCAGUCAUUCAAAAUAAAAAUGUAUGAUUAUGGUGAACUGCUGUCAUUUAAGAAUUAACAGUUAAAAUAAUGCAAAUAAGCUAGCAUGAGAGCAGAAAGAAAGGAGAGGGAAACACUACGUGUGGGUGGAAAAAGGGGUGUAUAGACAAUGUAUGCGGUAUGGAAACGAUUUUAUAUUGUGGGUAUAGGAGGGAUACACUUGCAGAAAGCGAGCGAGAGAGCGGAGGCGGGGUGUACGGAGGUUUCCCUUGUCCACUUCCUGUUCUCUUGUUGUUUCAUGGUCAACUUCCCGUCACAUGAUUUAAUUUGAGCAACCACAGAUUUACACCGGCGUAAACACAGUUUUCGCCUACAUAAACAUAUGCACAGAAAAACACACACAUAUAUGCAUGCACAAAAUCUCAAUAAAGCAAUCAAGUUAGGCAGUUAACACACCACAUAACUUUAACAAAAACACUACUGUUCAUACACAUACAAAUACUAAAAAAAUACUUGUUCUUAUGACCGACAAACACACACACACUUGACAGGAAGCUUUGCCUCUCACUCGUCAUAUACACUUACACGUACACCCACGCCUUACCUGCCAGUUUGACAACUCUUAUGUUCUUUACGCACAAGUCACUAACCACAACAGAUGUGAAUCUCGAGAUAACAUUCUGAGCCGCAAGCACAAUAAGCCCCAAAAGGUCUCAUAAUCUGCCAACAUCAUUCAAGACAACAUGCUUUCAUCCUGCUGCUUUUGUUAAUUGUAAAAAGUGUUCUAAAGUAAGGUUAGGUUGGAAUCAGCCCUUUUUGAUCUGCCCUCACCAUGAGUUAGACCCUGACUCGACCAAGAGAAGACGGUGAUCUAUGGGAGACUUUUUCAGAUGCGAUGAGCGUCCUUUAACUCGACGGUGCAGCCAUUUGCAACAAGCCACAUGGCUGACCUUACAUCUCCCGAGUCCGAGUCGCUCUCCUUCACUCCCAUGUUCCGACACCAGACAGAAGGUCAAAGGUCAAGCCACAACAUUUACCAGCAAGGUUCUAUAAGUGGGCUCGGCCCGUUUGAGGUCCCGUGUGAAGCCACGGAUGGCACCGGGAACGCUCUGAAUGGAAUAGAUCAAACGGGGAACGCUUCUUACUGGGGGAAUGCAUCCCCUGUGUCCUCUAUGGGACAGAACAGGAACAAGGCACAAGCUGGAGUUUAUGAGACCGACUGGAGUUCUCACUGCCACCAGCAAGAAGCAUUAGAGAGUUUUGAAACAACUGUGCAUCAGCAACAAAAACUGGAUUCAUUCUCCGAGGCAUUUUGCAGUCGUAGCGCCACCCAAAUGCCGGGUGGAGGAGAGCAGAGCGGCUUUAACAGUUCCACACCUCCGUCACAUGCUCUCUCCUUCCCUUUGGUUCUUAGCCCACCGCCAACGCCCCUUCCUGCUCCAUCCUUUUCUCCUCCUAAACGACCUCAACACUUCUUGCCCGGCCAGAUCUUGAGCCAAUCACAGAUCCAAACUCAGACGGAUGGUUCGCUGCAGUUCUUUCCCUCUUUACCUUCGCCCUCCAGGUUCAAUCACCCCAUUUGGCUCCAGCUGCAAGCUGACGACAGCGACGGCCUGGACUUAACGCAGCACCUACCACAAGACUCAAACUCCUCUCUGGUUUAUUCAGAGCACGGAGGGCCUCAUCUGAAACAUAUGAACUCCCUGCAGAAAGGCACAGACUGUUCUCUGCAAAUGCCCCUCAACCCUGUACUGGCUCAACAUCACCAUCACCAGGCCUGCGUGCAACAAGAGAUGGGCCACGAUCCCGGGACAUCCGAAGAUCACACGACGUGGUCUCAGAUGGGGCAGUCAUCUCACUCGUUUGGACCUUCUCUACACCAGUCUAGUCUCCAUGUGCAGGGGUCAGGGUCAGGAGAAGGAACACGAUUCGGUUACGGACUGAACUUCGGUCCUGGGUCCUCAGACAAAUCUCAGGUGUCCUUCAGCACACAGAAUGUUCCCAGUUCCGUCUAUACUGGAGUCCCUUACAACAGUGUGAUCCAGAUGAGUAGAGAGCUAAUGGAGAACUGGGAAGAAACCGCACCUCACUAUAAGCCACCUCCAAUGCUGAACCCAACACGCAGUGGAACGGGACUCUUUUGCAACCUACUGUCUUCCCUAGCUGUGGAAAACAGAGCAUUGUGGACAGACGAGAGGAAAGAUGAUGACUCACAAAGGUGCAUAAAUAUAGGCCCAGACUUCCAAGCUGAACUGCCAGAUCUGAUAACAGGAAGAGAGCAUGAGAUGUGUCCAGAGGAACCAGUCAGAGAGGAGCUGCUAUGGAAACCUUGGGCAGAGUUACAGGAAAAUGACACCCUUUUACAGCAUGUGGAGAAUCUUCUUGACCUGAGUGCCUCCAGUGUUCUACCAGGAGGGGGCGCCAAUCUGGAGCUUGCUCUUCACAGCCUGUCUCACUGCCAGGGAAACAUUCUAGCAGCGCUGGAGAUGCUGUUGUUUAAAAACUCCCCUCCAUCAGAAAACUAUCACUAUUCUGGCAUGGAUAUAUGGAGUUUGAGUGAACAAAUGCUGUUCCAUAAAGCAUUUGCAAUUUAUGGAAAAGAUUUCUCCUUUAUACACAAAAUGGUGAGAACAAAGCAGGUGUCACAGUGUAUUGAAUUCUAUUACAACUCCAAGAGGCUUUCAGAGAAACAAAACAAGCAGAGGGAAAGAGAAAAGGAAAGUUUGGAGGAAGAGAGAAUUGCAGCAGUCAUCAAUCAGGUUGCUCCAGCCCCAAAGGUGUUGGUUAACCAAACCAGUAUUGACCAACUGAUUCAUACCCCACCACUUCCCACAAACUUUCCCUGUAAACAGUGUGGCAAGAUGUUUUAUAAAAUCAAAAGUAGAAAUGCUCACAUGAAGAUCCAUCGGCAGCAGCAAGAGGACUGGAGAGGAAAAUUACCGCUACACCCAAACCAGCACCACAACCUUAACCUGGCCAGAGCACUGGCUCAUCCAAACCAGCAAAUCCUAACCCCGACCCACCAUCAGAAUCACAUCCUGACCCAAAGCUUGAUUCAGAACUUGGUCCAUUCACAGAACCAGUUGGCUUUUCUUCAAGGCACAAAGACUCAGAGUACAUGCCCAACCAGCAAUACAAGUUGCAUGGCUCCGAUCCAGAAUCCACAGAUAGGAACCAAAGCAUCUUCCUUAAAACUCCACACUGGACCUCAGCAGACUUGGGGCUCCCUGCACAGCAUAGACACAGGAGGCCUGUUCUAUAACAGAGGCUCCAUGGUAAAUGGGAUUCAUUUGAGCAUACAGGACAGUGUCAGUAAACCAUGGGAUGAUACCCAGUAACUGACUUGUACAGUUUAACUCUUGAUGACAUAAGAAAUUAAGACAUUACUGCUUUAGUGUUAGGACUCCUUAGAUUCAAAAACCCAGUGUAAAGUUUAAAAAAAAAAAAAAAGAAAAAAAAAAAAAAAA